AUGGCUAAGAGUGCUGUGAUCCAUCUACUAGCCAACUUCGCACCCUUCCUCCAACAAGAGGCCAAUUUGUUGACCGGAGUUCGAGAUGAAAUCCAAUACAUCAGCGAUGAAUUCGAGCGCAUGACAGCUUUCCUCAGAGUUGCCGAUGCUAUGGAAGAGAACGAUCCCGAACUCAAAGUAUGGGUCAAGCAAGUCCAAGAAGCUGCGUACGACAUCGGAGAUGUUCUCGAGUUGUUCAUGCUUCGCCUCGGACAUCGUCAUGGCGCUGGAUUUCGCGGUUUUCUUCGUAAGGUUUCUUGCUGUAUUAAGACUUUAAUAGCUCGUCACCAAAUUGGUUAUGAAGUUCAAAGAAUGAAGUCCAGAGUCGACGAUAUUUCCAAGGGACAUCAGAGGUACCAUGACAUAUAUGGUACGUUAGAGCAAGGCUCAAGCUCAAGGGCCACUGGUUUUAACAGAGCAUGGCAUGAUUGUCGCAGCGAUGCCCUUCUACUCGAUGAAUCUGAGCUUGUGGGCAUUGAUGAACCCAAAUCGGUACUGAUUUGGUGGUUGGUGCAUGAAGACCCCGGACUCCAGGUGCUCUCCAUAUCAGGAAUGGGCGGAUUGGGCAAAACAACAAUGGUUAAAAAGGUGUUUGAUGAUGCAGUUAUGAAGAAUCAUUUCCAGAGCCAUGUUUGGAUCACUGUUUCUGAAUCCUUCAAGAUUGAGAAGCGGUAUGUGCUUGUUUUCGAUGAUUUAUGGGAUAUUCAAGCGUGGCAAUCUUUUAGACAUGUGUUUCCUAGAGGCAAUUGUGGCAGUCGAGUAGUGCUCACAACCAGAAAUGCAGAUUUAGCUUCUUUCGCUAGUGCAGAAUAUCAUGGCGGUGUCUAUAAUCUUCAGCCCUUGACUCCCGAAGAGUCCUGGACAUUGUUUUGCAGGAAAACAUUUAUGGAGAAUUCUUGCCCCUCACAUUUGGAAGGACUUUCAAAAGCCAUCUUGAAUAGAUGCGAGGGAUUGCCGCUUGCAAUUGUGGCAAUUAGUGGUCUUUUAUCAACAAAGGAUAAGAGCAGUGUGGAUGAGUGGGAUAAGAUCUACCGCAGCCUUGGUGCAAAACUACAAGGAAAUGACAAACUCCUAAGCAUGAAGAAAAUAUUGUCCCUCAGUUACAUUGAUUUACCUUAUUAUCUGAAGUUCUGCUUUCUCUAUCUAAGCGUUUUUCCAGAGGAUUGUUUGAUUGACCAUUGGAGAUUGAUUCGGUUAUGGGUAGCAGAAGGACUGUAG